UGUUAUCCACAAAUUACCUUGAACAGCUUGAUAAGAUGUUGCAGUGGUUUAGAUUUGUUAAUCAAUUACCAUUGCUUUCAUUAUUAAUGCCUGGUAGAGUUAUUGUAUUCUUUUUUGGUAGUUUAGUUAGGUAGUCUAUGGCGUGGACUAAUCUGAAGGAAUUGAAUAAGGAAGGAUAAAAUUACGAAAGAGGAAUGAUAAGGUUUGGAUAAACUUACCUGUGAGGUUGUUGAGGUUUGUCAGGAAGGAGAUUGCUAUUGUGACAAUGAAGCAAGUCUGAGGAAUGUUAUGGUUAUGGUAUAUGGGUUCUUUUGUAACUCUUUGUCCCAUGUGUGCCCCAUAUUGCAAAUAAACAGGCUUCAUCAAUUUCUUGUCAUGUUUGAUGUUAAGAUGGAGAUGCGGUAGUCUUUCUUGAUUUGGCUGUGGAUUAAUUCCAAUAGGCUGCUUUUGAUAUGUGGUAGUCAUGAAUUCUGUUGUUGAUACCAUUUCUGCUUAAAAUGUUGGGUUGUGAUACAGAUUGUUACUACAAUGGGCUUCCAGGGGCUGGCAUGUGGACCUUGCUGAUAUUUUUGUGAUUAUUAUGAAAGGAAUUCUUCUUAUUCUCUUUAUUCUGUUAACAACAGUUUCUUACUUAGCAAGGUGGCAUUGUGGAGGAAGUUGACGUGGCAUGUUUAUUCUGCAUGAAUAUUUCAUAAUGAUAAUCAGGAUUAGUGUUAAAUUGGUUAUAUGAUAGUUAAAGGUUGGUGUGUUGCCUUGCUGAUACAAUUGUGAUUUUUUGUGAUAGCAAUUCUUCUUCUUCUUCUUGGUGGCAUUUUAGAGGAAGUUGAUGUACGAUGUAUCUGAAGUUUUGCAUGGAAAUUCUAUGAUGAUCAGGGUUGUGUUAAAUUGGUCAUAUAAUGGUUAAAGGAUUGAGUAAGGGUUUUACUUAAAUCAGUGAAACAGUGAUCACAAGAGAUUUAGAGGGAGACCAAUAAUAGGAAGAAAUUAGGUAGUUGAAGAGAGUGUUUGAUAUUAUGUUGCCACUUUUGUGUUUAACGUUACUUUCCUGGUAUAUGCUGUGUGGUGGAUUCUGAAUUGUUCGCUAGUGGGGGCAAUAUGUAUAUAUAUAUAUAUAUGAGCAGUUGUAUAUGUUCAAAUGAUAAUAAUUACUUUGGCAACCACUUACUAUUGAAGUGAAAUGUCUAAAAAAUGGAUGGAGUCAUUAGAAAUAAGAUGACUUCGGGAGCAAUUGGGGCAAUUUUAAUAUUUAGUGGGACAAGAGACUAGUAAAGUGAAAAAUCCAAAGAAAUGGGUGGUGGCAGUGAAAUAAGAUUAUUUUAGGGGCAAAUUUAAAAAUCCAGUUGGGGCUAACCUAAUGUAUAUGUGUAUAUAUAUAAAGGGAUAAGUGGGUCAAUGGGGGCACUUGCCCCAACAGUAGAUCCAUCAGUGUAUACUGAUAGCAACGUUGAAAGCACCUACCUUGUCCUGUGUCUAGCUAGUUUGCGUUCAUUGUAAUUGUAGCAACGUGGUUUAAAUACCUUAUGCUUUUUCUCCUUUUGUCAGUUUAACAAGCAGUUAUUAUAGCCUGGAUGAUUCUGCAAAUUGUGGAAUUGAUGAUGGCAUGAAUGGUUCUAGGUUGAAUCUUGUAUCCAUAGUUGUGAAAGGCUCAAGGCGCACCAAAGAACAAGGCGCAGGUGCGCGCCCGAGCAACUUGAGGCGCAAAAAAUUAAAAAGUAAAAAAUACAUUAAAAUUCAAGUAACAUAAAGCUAAAUGCAAUAAAAUCAAAUACCAAACAUCAAAUGCAAUAUAAUCUUUGUUUGCUACUUUCACAAUCACAAAUCACAUUAUCACAAUCCACAAUCCACAAUUCACAAUUCUCAAUUCACAAUUCAGAUUCACAGUAAACUCUAAAUUAUUGUUUGCUAACUAUAUUCACAAAUCUCAAUUUACUUGAUUAAUUAACAUGAUAAUAAUAUAAAGAGAUAAUUAACAUAAAGUUAAAAAAUCAUAGCAGGGUGGUUGGCAAUGGCAGAGCAGCAUGCUGGCAGUAUGACAACCAUGGGGAGAGUAAGAGUAAAGAAAAAGAGAAAGAAUAAAGAAAGGAAGGAGAAUGAUAAACUCAAAUAAAACAGAAUUUUAUGUUGAGAAUGAACUGAAGAGAUGAAAUCUAGGUAUGUUGAAGUCUUUGAAGAAUUUUGGGAGGAAUUUUUAUUUUAUUCCAAUUGAAUUAAUUUUUACAAGGUUUGAGUAUAAGAAUUAAUCUAAAUUAGGAAUAUUUACAAUAAGAAUAAAAUCUCUUAAAUUAAGCCUAAUUAGGAUUCCAAAAAUUUGAAUCCUCCUACUUAGGAACUUCUAUGUUGGUCAACACUCCCCUCAAGUUUGGUGCAUAGAUAUCACACAUGCCUAACUUGCAAACCAAGAUAUGAUAGGUCUUGUUGCUGAGCCCUUUGGUAAACACAUCAGCUAGUUGUUCAUCGGAAUUCAUAUGAUCUAACCUCAAGACACUAUUUAUUAACUUUUCUUUAAUGAAGUAUCGAUCAAUCUCUAUGUGCUUCGUUCAGUCAUGUUGAACCGGAUUUUGAGCUAUAUUGAUGGCAACUUUGUUGUCACAGUACCCUCUCCAAUAGUUUCAAUUCCUCCAAACACCUUAUGCCAUCGCUCUAUAUUCCAUCUCAGCACUUGAUCGAGCAACAAAAUUUUGCUUUUUGCUUCUCCAAGUGAUAAAGGUUUCCUCCCAUAAUUUUACAACAACCACUAGUCGACCUUUUAUCAUCAAGGGAUCCAGUCCAAUCUGCAUCUGUGAAUAAAUAUAUGCGAAGAUGACCAUAUUUAGAGAACAAGAGACUUUUUUCAGGAGCAGACUUCAAUAUCACAAAAUGCGAAAAACAGCUUGCAUGUGAGACUCACGAGGAUCAUGUAUAAACUGACUGACUAAGCUGACUGUAUAUGCUAUGUCCAGUCGAGUAUGUGAAAGAUAAAUCAAUCUGUCUACCAACCUCCUUGAUAUCUGCCCAUAUCCACUGAUUCACCAAUCCCUGCUUGUAGCUUGUGAUUGCUCUCAAUGGGAAUUUCUGCUGGUUUGCAACCUAACAUACCAUUUUCUUCUAAAAGAUCCAAAAUGUAUUUUCUCUGAGAAAUAAAGAUUUCUUGUUUUGACCUGGCAACCUCGAUUUCUAGGAAAUAUUGCAUUUUUCCUAGAUUUUUAAUUUUGAAUUCCUGAGCUAAAAGCUUUUUCAGUCGAGUCAUCUCUUCAGUGUUAUCCUUGUCAUUACUGUAUCAUCAACAUAGACUAUAAGAAGAAUAAUUUUACCCUUUUGAUGUCUGAUAAACAGGAUAUGGUUAGCAUUGCUCUGUUAGUCAAAGGAAAUCAUAGCUCUACUCAAUUGGUCAAACUAAGCUCUGGGUGACUGCUUCAAUCCAUACAAAGCCUUCUUUAGUCUAUAUACCUUUCCUUGUGUUUUUCCAUCAGCAAAUCUAGGAGGGGUUUCUAUAUACACUUCAUCCUCCAAGUUUCUGUGGAGAAAUGCAUUUUUCAUGUCAAAUUAUUGUAGAUUCCAUUCAAGGUUGACAACACAAGAUAGCAAUACUCUGAUUGAGUUCAUUUUGGGAACAAUGACAAAUUUCUCCUAGUAAUCCACUCCAUAGGUUUGAGUGUAUCUCUUGACGAAUAGUCUAGUCUUGAAUCUUUCAAUCGAUCCAUCUGCUUUGUGUUUUAUAGUGAACACCCAUUUGCAGUUAACAAGUUUAUUUCCAGUGGGAGAGUGAUAAGCUCCCAGGUCUCAUUUUUGGUUAGUGUUUUCACCUCUUCAAUCAUUGCUCCUUCCAUUUAGGAUCUGCAAGAGCUUCCUUCCAACCCUGUGAAACAAACAUGUAGGAAAUAGACAAGGCAAAAACUCUAUAGAAUGGAGACAAAGAAUUAUAAGAGAGAAAGUUAGAAAUAGAGUGCUCUGUACAAGAUCUAACUCAUUUUCUUUGAGCAAUUGGUUUAUUUAGAUCAUUAAAGGGCUAAAGUUUAGGGAUGACUCACCAGAUGGAGGGGAGGAAGGUUUAUGACACUGAGUAGACUGCACAGUGGCUUUUUCUGCUUCUGUUUUGUCUCUUCUUGAGUAUCUCCUUCAAUCUGGUUUAUCUAAACUCCAAAUUUGGUCACCAAUAGUCUUCCCCUAUAUAAUAGUCUCUUGAUCACCAAUAGUCUCCCCUUGUAUAGUAGUCUCCUCUAGAGUUGAACGUUCUAGAAUUAUGGGAUUAUGAAUCAUCUCUUUUCUGUCAUUGUCCUCCCUCCGAAAAGGUGAUGGGGUAGUAUUGAAAUAAGGUUCAAUAUCUCUAAAUGUAAUAUCCAUAUUGAUAAAGUAUUUUCUAGAUAGAGGGUGGUAAUACUUGUAACCCUUCUAUGUGGGAGAGUAUCCAACAAACGUACAUUUAAUAGAUCCACACAUUUAAUAGCUCUCGGAUCGAGCUUCUCACCUGUCCUAGUAUGAACAAAACACGUGCACUCAAAUAUCUUUGGUGGAACAAUAUAAGUAUUUUUCCCUUGUAGCACCUCUAAAGGGCUUUUAAAGGUAAGAGUUUUGAGAGGCAUUUUAUUGACGAGAUAAGUUGUGGCUAAAGCUGCAUCUCCUCAAUAGGUUUUUGGAAGGUUUAUGGUGAAAAGGAAAGAUUGGGUUACUCCCAAAAGAUGUCUAUUUUUUCUUUCAGCAACACUUUUUGGACACUAAUGUAAGGACAACUAGUUUGAUGUAGUAUCCCAUUAGACUCUAGACAAGCAAAAAAAGGCCAUCCAUGUACUUUGUACCAUUUUCAGUUCUCAAAACUUUUAUCAUAGCAUCAAAUUGAGUAUAAAUCAUCUUGUGAAAAGAUUGAAAGCAAGAAGUUACAUCACUCUUUGCCUUUAUCAAAUAAAUCCAAGUCAUGCGAGUGCAGCAAUUAAUAAAAGUAACAAACCAACGAUUACCAAAUAGUGAGACUGUUUGAGUAGGUCCCCAAACGUCAGAAUGGAUGGUCACAAAAGGGAUCGUACUCCUAUUGUUACUUGAGGGAUAAGAAGUUCUUAUAUGCUUAGCAUACUCACAAGAAUCACAAAUUAGAACCGCAUUGAGCCUUGGAAAAUAAAUUAAGAUAAAGUUUCUCUAAGACAAAGAAGGAUGAAUGUUCUAACCGUCGAUGCCACUGUAUGAUUUCCUGGUUGACAUCUUGAUUUCUUUCAAAAAGAGCCCAAGGUGAAUUCAAACUUAGAUUCCUUUCUAAGAUAUUUAAGCUAUCGUGCAGUCUACUAUUGUCAAUCAUCUUCUCAGUUUGAAGGGUCUGAAUAACACAAUCAGGAAAAAAUUCAAUUUUACAGUUAAGUGUUUUGGUGGGAGCACUAACAGAUAAAAAAAACAAGGAACAUGAAGAGUAGAGGAUAUCUUGAUAUUUGAAGUACAAAUAAUAGAAUUGGUUCCAAAUAUAAGAGUGGAAGAACUAUAUGCGAUUUUGACAGUUUUUUUUUGUAGACAUGGAAGAUAAUUAAGGAAGCCUUCAGAGAAGUCUGUUACAUGUCUAUUUGUACUAGAAUCAAUAAUCCAUGGAGCAAAAUCAAGAGACUAAAUAAAAGAAUUAUCAGAAGUCCUUACAUUACACACACAAGUCAUUGCCAUUUCAAGAAAAAACCACAAAUUUUCUGCUAAAAAGUGGAAAAUUAUUGUUACUGAAGAAAGAAUUACCUUUCCCAAUGAAAAAGGCACGAGUUCAGCAGAUCAGAAGCGUGACUUAAAGGCGAGUCUGCCGAAAAGGAUUAUUUCCUGAAAAAUCACCGAAAAAUGUCUCCCUCGCCGGAAAAAGGUAAACCAAGUCACGGGUCCACACAAGUCAGAGGCGCGACUUGAAGGCGAGUCUGCCGGAAAGGAUCGCCAUCGAAAAAGACCACCGAAAAAUGUCACACGUGCCGGCGCAUGAUCUUGCGAGGGCGCGUGAGCUUCACGUGCGUGGCUUUCCAACAUCGGAGCUGACCAGCGACGGUCCGGCGACCCUGCUGGUGCCGGCGGUGAGAUGAAAAAAAGGUUCAUAGACAAGGUAGUAUCAAAAAGGUAUAUGUAGGGUUUUAGAAACCCUAAGAAAAAAAAUGAAUUUAAACCCUAAAAUCAUGAAAAAAAACUCUAAUAACAUGAAGAAUUUUGAGAAAUUUUUUUGAUUUUAUUUCAAUUAAAUUGAUCUUUACAAGGUUUGAGUAUUUAUCCACAAGAAUCAACCUAAACUAGGAAUAUUUACAAUAAGAAUAAAAUCUUUUAAAUCAAGUUUAAUUAGGAUUCCAAAAAUUUAAAUCCUUCUGAUUAGAAACCUUCUAUGUUGGUCAACAGUCUUGAAUGUUGAUUUUUUCUUUUCCUCUCCUUCCUCUUUUUCUCUUCUGUUUUUUUCCCUCUUUUUCCUUCUCUCUCCUACGGCUGCUGCUGGCUGCUGAGAUUGUUGUUAAAGUCUAGGGCAAAUUUUGAAGCCCUUUUAUGGAGGGCGCUUGAAAGGACACGGGUGCACCUGAGGGCGCCUCAGGCACAAUGCUCGCCUGGUGCCACCCUAGAUGCUAGGCAUUGCGCCUUUCAUAACACUGCUUGUACCUUAUCUGGAAAAUAUGUAUAAAUGCAUCAAUAUGGUGACAUCAUUGCUUAGUGAUGCAAAGGCAGGCGUUCCCUUGAAUGUCUCUGGAAACUCUCCUAAAGCGAAUACUACCACAAGCAGUUCUUUACCUUCCAUGUUUCCUGGAGGAAGUACUCCGCCUCUUUCUCCUAGAAGUACAUCUGGGUCCCCUCGUAUAAUGAAACAGAGAGCUGGCCCUUCUAAUUUAGGUUCUCCUCUGAAGGUAGUUAGUGAGCCAGUGAGGGAGUUCAUACCUCAGUUUUACUUCCAAAAUGGUCGUCCACCUCCAAAUGAACUAAGGGAACAAUGUUUGUUCAGGAUCAGUCACUUUUUCUAUGGCCGUUCAGAUGGGCUGCAGUUACAUGAAUUCAAAUCUGUCACCAAGGAAAUUUGCAAGCUGCCCUCAUUCUUCUCUGCAGUUCUUUUCAGGAAGAUUGAUGUCAAUGGCACUGGUUUUGUGACAAGGGAUGCCUUCGUUAAUUAUUGGAUAAAUGGCAACAUGCUGACGAUGGAUACAGCAACUCAAAUGUUUAAAAUUCUAAAGCAACCAGAUCUCAAAUACCUCACUCAGGAAGACUUCAAACCUAUUCUUCGAGAACUAUUGGCAACUCAUCCAGGGUUGGAAUUCUUACAGAGCACACCAGAGUUUCAGGAAAGAUAUGCUGAAACUGUAAUCUACAGAAUAUUUUACUACAUAAAUAGAUCUGGGAAUGGUCAUCUUACCCUCAGGGAGCUGAAACGUGGAAACUUGAUUGAUGCAAUGCAGCAUGCAGAUGAAGAAGAGGACAUAAAUAAAGUUUUAAGGUACUUCUCUUAUGAACAUUUUUAUGUGAUAUACUGCAAGUUUUGGGAACUGGAUAUGGAUCAUGAUUUUCUGAUCGACAAAGAGAACCUGAUCAGAUAUGGUAACCAUGCGCUUACGUACCGGAUUGUUGAUAGGAUCUUUUCCCAGGUCGCAAGAAAGUUUACUUGUAAGGUUGAAGGGAAGAUGGGAUAUGAAGAUUUUGUCUACUUCAUACUGUCAGAGGAGGAUAAGUCGUCUGAACCAAGUCUUGAGUACUGGUUCAAGUGCAUAGAUUUGGAUGGAAAUGGAGUUUUGACACGAAAUGAAAUGCAAUUCUUUUAUGAAGAGCAGUUGCAUCGAAUGGAAUGCAUGGCCCAAGAGCCUGUGCUGUUUGAAGACAUAUUAUGCCAGAUAAUUGACAUGAUUGGACCAGAGAAUGAGAGCUAUAUCACAUUAAGUGACCUGAAAGGUUGUAAACUUUCAGGAAGUGUGUUCAAUAUCCUUUUCAACCUUAACAAGUUUAUGGCCUUUGAAACUCGUGAUCCGUUUCUGAUUCGCCAGGAGCGUGAGAAUCCAACAUUGACAGAGUGGGAUCGGUUUGCACAUAGGGAAUAUAUUAGGCUUUCGAUGGAGGAAGACGUUGAAGAUGCCUCUAAUGGAAGUGCAGAUGUCUGGGAUGAAUCACUUGAGGCUCCAUUUUGAGGUUAACUGGUUCCUGCAUGAGCACUCUAAAUUCUUCUAUGGAGAUUUGAGUCACGGGAACAGUAAAAGGAUCAUUCUUUCAAUGGGAUGUGGCAGCUGUUACCUGUGAUCUUUUUUAAGGGAAAGUCCAAGCUUGGUGGGGUGGGAAUGUAUCUUUUUCCAAUUACCAGCAGACAAAUUAUCACACCUUUGUGUGCAUACUGACAAACAAUGAGGAAAAAUACAAUGAAAGCAGUGGUUCGUGAUGCUAAAGCUACUGUAAAGGAGAGGUAGUUGCCCAGAGGUGAGAUUUUGAUUGUCCAGGUUGAAGUAGCUCCGAACAUCUAGUGCAAUUUUUUAUUUAUCAAUUUGUAAGUUAUAAAUCUAUUGUCAAAGUCUUUCUCCUUUUAAUUUAGCAGUUGGUUCUUUUGAUAGUUUUUGUCUGUACGGUAACAUCACGGGUGCUGGUUAGGCUUUGUUAUCAAUUUUUUGGAUUGUCAGAGAUAUCGAUUACUGGUUUCAUAGGGUCCCCCUUUCCUUUCCCCACUUGAUGUAUACAGAACUGUAGCAUCAUGUUUUCCGCACUGUAGCAUCAUGUUGUCUGUGGAAAACGUAAAAAUUUCUAUUCAAAAUUUUCAGAAGAGUUACCUUUUCACAAAUGCACUGUGAAGUAUUUGUGUGUAGGGACAUGAAACUCAGAGUUGGUUAGUAUUUGUGUAGAAAUGGAACUUCUAUGGUUGAAAAAAGCUCAGACUGAGAUUCUGUCUAUGCGGAUAUUAGCCUUCCCAUCCACUUUCAAUGUUCUCUUUGGAGCUUCAUGAUGUUUGGUUAAAUGAUGUGUGACGCUCUUUUUGAAAUAUGUUUGUAGUAUUUCAGAAUUUACUUGUUUGUAAAUUUUGGAGAAGCUGUGGGGCUUUCAAGCAUUUUAAUGGUUAUUGUAUUUGUUCGAGUUGUUGGAUGUUGGACCGAGUUGUGAAUUUUUAUUAUCAUGUAAUUUCUACAGUUUGAUUUUCUUUUUCUUUUUCCUGAUUAUUUGUGAUGCACAAUGGGGAAACGAAAAGCGUCCAUGUGUCAAAUGCAUAAGCUAGUGCUAGUUUCCUUGUCAAUAUACAAAGAGAAUGGACCAUGUUGUAGCUGUGAAUCUUUGUAAUAGCUUAAUUUCUUUGAAUUCUGUAUGUUCUCUUCUGAUUCACCCGUUGUUUU